CGCACUAAGCAGCAGGUCUUGAUCGCUUCGCUCAGGAUUGGGUAGCCUAGCCGGAAGUGGGCGGAUUUCUACCCGGAAGGUGCGGACUCCGUGGUGGCGGCAAAAAUGCUUGGAGCUAAAGUAGACUGCCUACUACCCACGGACUGCGCGCGCCGGCUAGUGGCGGAGAUGCAGGGCGCCCUGGACGCCUGCGCUCAUCGGCAGCGGCAGUUGGAGCGGAGCCUGCGCGUUUCCAGGAGGCUGCUGCAGGUCUGGGAACCAGCCAGAACCCCAGCUCCGGAGCCAGAAACCAAGGAAGAGGCCGCAACUCCAGCAUGCACACCGAAUGCUCAAGACCUCAAAGAGCUGGAGCUUCUGACCCAGGCACUGGAGAAGGCUGUACGAGUGAGGAAAGUCGUGUCUAAGGCUCGACAGAGAGACAGAACUCCCAGCCUGGCAUCUGCAUCUAAUGCAGCCACUUCUGGUGCCACUGCCCCUGCGCAUUCCCAGGCUCCCAGCCAGGCUAGCAGCCUUGCAUCAGGUGCAAGAUCCACCAAGGGUGUACAACGGGCCACAGUACCUUCCCGGAGUGCAGAUCCAGAGUGCAGACGUCGGUCAAGGGGAGAUAGGACCCAAGAGAGAACAGAAGCCCAAGUUACCGGGUCUGGACCAGGCCUCAGGGGCCAACAAAUGGCCCCGGGAGCUGUUCCUCCUUCCACAGAACUCUUCACACUAAAAGAGAAGGGGACCCUGCUGCAACUACCUGUGGCCUUCAGGAAAGCAGCUUCCCAGAAUUCUCGUCUGUGGGCACAGCUCAGUUCUAUACAAGCCAGUGACUCCACAGAUGUCACCAGAGCUGCCAAAACUGAGUUCCUCCACAAACUCCAGAUGGCUUCAGGAUCAUCUAGCCACAGGCCCAGUGCUGCAGAAGUGGAGGCACACGUCCAGAGCCUGAGGAAGGCCCGUACCCUGCUGAGACUUCAUAUGCAGAAGGAGCUUUCAACAGCCCCCACUGACUGGAUGCAGGAGUACCGAGGCCUACUCAUCCUAGAAGGACUGCAGACCAUUGUUGGACAGUGUCUACACAGGGUGCAGGUGCUACAAGCAGCUGUGACAGAACAAUUGCCAGGACUACACCUUGUGGAGAAGCCCACUCAGGCCUCAUCACUUGGUGGAGGAGAGAUGGACACUUCCUGGAGCCCUGAGCUCCUUCUCUACUCUAGCACCGAGGAGCUGCAGACUUUGGCAACCUUGAAGCUUCGAGUGGCCAUGCUAGACCAGCAGAUCCAUCUAGAAAAGGUUCUGAUGGCUGAACUCUUCCCUCUGAUAAACACCCAGGAGGCAGGAGGGUCACCUCAGCUGGCGCUGUGUCGGGCUGCGUACAGUCUGCUCUGUGAAGGGGGUGAGCAAUUCCUCACAGUCCUUCGAGAUGACCCCACUGACUAAGAAGGCUGGGCAGACAAGCUUCUCUGGUAGAGUCUCCUCCUCUCAUGUGGAGAAUAAUGAACAGGGAUUGAGGAAAAGUUUCCUGUUGGAGGCACUAAGAGCAGAGAGAUACCUGUAACUUCACUGGGAAAGCUGGGUGGUCAAAGUGAGGCGGUCAGGGUGCUCCCUUGGCUCCGCUUAGCCACCAGACUUCUGAUCAGGGCUCAGCUUUCUGCCUUCCUGGGGAAGCCCUUCUUAGCUACCUCUACUUUCUUUCACUGUAGGUCCACAAACUACUUGUAUGAUACUAGAGCUGUUUCAGGAAGUGUGUAUAUUUAUAUUAUAUCAAAGUAGGGCUUGGUAAGGAGCUUUUCAUAUUCGUUUCUUUAUGGUUUUAAGGACUUUUAUCAAUUGAGGGGCUUGGUACACACCUGUAAUCCCACUACUGGGGAGGCUGAGGCAAGAGGAUCUUAAGUCUAAGGCCAGCCUGAAACCCUGCCUAAAUAAAAUAAAUAAAGGGAAGAAUAUAUCAAGUAGAA